AUGGCGGCCCAAGAUGAAGUUGACGUAUGUGAAAGUUGGGAGGAUAUGGACGAAAUUGGCUUGGACCAGAAGAUCAGGCUGAUGUCAACUGACUGCGCGCCAGUGCAAACUUCACUCAAAGGUUGCAAGGUUACUGUAGAAGAGAACGCGUGUAUCGGAUCUCAGUGCGUGAUGCCGGAGCCAGCAAUCCGUAUCCUGAAGAGACCGUCUUCAUCGGGCAGCGGGCAACUAAAUGGCGAGAGUCGCGCGCGCCCGGUAAAAACACUUGAACAAAGGCAAAAGGAGUACGCCGAGGCUCGACUGCGGAUCUUGGGUGAAGCCCGAAGCCCAGAAGAUGUUAUUGAUGACAACCUCGGCCGACUACAAGACAAGUUACAAGUAAUCAAUCUCAACGACAAUCAAAAUAAUAGCAGUAAGACAAAAACCCCGCCAUGUGACAAUAAUACCAAAGGAAGGGAACGAAAAGUUCUACCGCGCCUUCCACCAGGAGCCACCGCUUCAGGAGUGUUCCCAUCCCCCCCACCGCGCGGUGUGCUCGUCAUCCGAACUCCCAGAGGUCCUGACGGCACAAAAGGCUUCCAGAAAAGGUAGCACCACCGAAACACUCAAUCAAUUCACUCACAAAGACGUAAUUCACUUCCAUCCAUUCAAGCUACCCAUACAUUGUUAAAUUACCAGUUGUGCUGUUAUUUUGAUAUUAGUGUAAUAAUUAUUUCACAGUUUUUAAUUGAUUUAUAGCAGUGUGUUUACAUGUUUUGUCAGGACUAUUUUUAGUUGGGAAUGUGAUACAGUUUACAACUUCGAAGUGUGAUUCAUAUCCAAAUGUAACACUAAUUUGUUACACUGGUUUCCCAAUUGAAGCAGACUGAUUUAGCAUGCAUUGUACUUAGCAACAUUAUCAUUUGCGAGUCUACGCUCUAUAUACAUUCAAUUAUGUUUUAGUGAAGGCAUUAAACACUUUGAUUAGUGUUUGCACUUUGCAUAUUGCUUAACCAUGAGUGGUUGUGCCAAGCACUGCUGACUGACUUCUGUCUAUUAAGUAAUCAGUUUUGUUAAUACAAGUGUAAAUGACCUUCAGGUUUU